AUGCAACAGACUCGAUUUUUCGCGGAGUCGUUAAAACAUCUGAUAGGAACUUGUCCGUUAGAGCCAAGAGAUAUUCCUGCAUUCUUUGAACACGUAGAAAAAAUUUUUCGAAACUAUCACGUAGACGGAGAAAUUCAAGCCAAUUUGUUGAUAAUGAGUUUGAACGAAAAGGCCAAAACAUGGUUGCAUACUAUUUCCGCCGACGGUCUGAAGGAUUAUAGCGAAAUUAAAAGACUCAUUCUGCAGGAGUUCAGGUUAAACCCGACAAAAUUGAGAGAUGAAUUCUUCGCCUUGAGAAGACAAAAAAGCGAAUCGUACACGAGUUUCGGAGCGAUAUUAUACGGCACGCUGAACCACUAUUUUCAAAGCCGUAACAUUACGGGAUUAGAAGAUGCAAUGAAAUUGAUAUGUGCAGAUAGAAUGAAAGAGUUGCUAUCAAGACAUACUCUGGAAUUUAUUUUGUCACAUGAGCAAGCAGCUUCCUGGAUGAGUCCUGACGUGUUGGCACAAACGAUCGACAAAUAUGAAGCUGCCAUGAACAUGAAAGUUUCGAGCGACAAUACAUAUAUGCCGGAGAGUAUCAAUCAGAUACAAUCAUUUCGAAAAAAUGAGCACCAGAUGUAUAGAAGUAGCAACAACAAAUCAGCUUCACCCAAACAGACCUGUUUUUCUUGCGGGAAGAUUGGUCAUAUUGCAAAGCACUGUACAUGGAAAAAUAGAAAUACACCUACGGCCACUAGAAACGUCAUGCGCUGUGAGACGGACAAAAAAACGCAGACACCAGUUGAAAUCGAAUCACCAAUAAGAACAAAGGAAGUUGUCAUUGAAGCAAACAAAUUUUAUGAUCGCAAGUACAUCGAAGUAAAUAUUAACGAUGAGAUUGAUCAAAAGGCGUUAAUUGAUAGUGGAUCAGAAAUAUGCUGCACCAGUGAAGAGAUCAGCUGCCAGUUAAAAUUACAGCCGGUAGACACUAUAGCAAUAAAGGGAAUUGGACAACAUUUCGACCAUACGAAAGGUGUAUGGAAUCAGAUCAAACCUACUUGUAAGGAUAAGACACAAACAAAUAUUGCGCCAGUAGUGAAGAUAUAUUGCGCAAUUGUUCCCAAACUAUGUGAAGGGCUAUUAUUAACUCCAAGUGUCGUUGACUUAAUCGAGGAGAUGAAAUAUUAUGACGUCCCGAUGCCGCAAACAAACCUGUCAGAAAUUGAUGAAUCAAUGAAGUUGCAAAAGAUGCAGGAUUCGGCAAGUAAGAGAAACGAAUUAACCUGCGAUAACCCGGUGGUUGACAAAACCGAACAAGUAAAUCCAGUGACCGUCGAAGUCAAACUAGUUGAAAGGGAAAUAGAAAAGUCGGUAAAUGAAGCAAAAGUGAAAAGACAAGAUCCGGCGUCCGACGUAGAAGAAUCAACCGACGAAGACCAGGAAGUUGACAAACCCGAUUUAGAAGAGACGGUAAGUAAGGAUAGCGCGGUUGCUGAAAAAUCAACACUCCUUGAAGAACAACUAGCGUGUGAAUCAUUAAAAAGGUGUUGGGAAUACGCUAAAACCGGAAAACACAACUUCUUCAUAGAAGAGGAUCGAACAGGAAGGAGGCAAAUGGCAAAAAGGUACAACCUGUCAGACAGAAAGAUGGAAUUUCUGCGGUUGGUGCUUGGCGAGCUGUUGGGCGAACUACAUCCUCCUCGUCUUCCUAACCAUGAUGAGUGA